CUAACCAAUAAAGCGUAGAAGAUUGCUCGAGUUGGAAAAGUAGGGCUCGCUUGUACGACACUACAACAAAAUCGUUUAAUUAAAAUAUUUAUCAUUUUCAAAAGUUGGUGCUCUAAUUGUAUCUACAUUGAGAAUUCAACCUGGAGGGACAGAAAAGUAACGGGUGCCGUUCCUGGAAGAAAACCGCUAUAGAUUGUGUUCACUCCUGUGCCGAAACUGGAAUAUUAUGGGAGCUGUCUUGGCCGCCUUUUCUGUCGCAAGCUGGGUACGUUUCUUCUCAUAUGAUAUCACGAACAUAUCUGUGCACAAAAACCAGGUUGACAUAUGUGACAAACAUAAAGAAUGGUUUAGUAUCCCAAUCUUCAACUGAGCUCAUACAAGGUUGUCAGGAUUAUGUCACGUAAGCAACAGGUCAGAAUCAUGAGGAGACGCAGGAGCCUGUCACUCAUCUUGAAACGAAUUACAUUAACAAACGGACUCGGAUGGUGGUAGCCUAUGUGAUUGACUAGGACUUGGUUAUGUAUCUGCUUGUGUGAAAAGAAGGUUUUGAUUUGCCUCUGCUUUUGCUCUGGCUUGCACUGGUCUCCUCAAAUUUCAGGUCGCAAUAUUUGUUUACAUUAUAGAAUAGAAUAUACAUUUUCAUAGGGAAAAGGGAAAUAAAACCUAUUUGCCUCCCCCAAGUAGCCGACAAUACACACAUAGUAUGGGACUACUGUAAAUCCUAAAGGGUUAAUCAUACUACUAGUAGUCAUCUGCUCUACUCAUGAUUAAUUGGAUUAACAGUGCUUGCUGCCUUGUCCUAGUCCAAAAACAAAGGCCAUGGCAUGCUUAAACCGUUGCCAUAAUAUGUAUGUGGAGCAAUAUAACCUAGAUGUAAUAACGUACAUAUAAUAGUCUACAUGUAAGAAAUGCAUCUUUUGGUCAUCUCAUACAGUGUUAUUGUCAUAUUAUAGCCUAGACUAGAGACUAGAGCAAAAUAUGUCAUGAUGUAACAACAAGAGGACAAAGGGGCAUUGGUCCUGCAUUGGGCGCAGCUCAGAGAUAAGUUAUACAGUCGUACUUUGUCUCAGGCCCAGCUAAUAAGUGUAGGCUGAGCCACCAAAUACACAACCACCACACAACGUUUCCAUGAAUAGUUUCAAAAACAUUAGUAGGCCAGGACGUUCAGUAGCUACUCAAGUACAUGCAGCUAGACAUACGAAUUUAGGCUUUUGCUGAGGGGUAGUGUUGAGAUUGAGACAAACGCAUACAACAACAAGUCUAAUCCAAUGUCUUCCAACCUCCAUUUGAAUUGUCUGGCUAUUAGACAGUCAACUUGUGAUUCUUGGUUCUUCUCCACAUUGACCCAGCUAAAGCAGGUCAGGUUUAUGUUAACCACAGGAUGGCCUCAUCAGUCAUGUGUAAAAGAUUUGUCUCGCUGGCUUGCACAUAUUCUGGCUUCCCAUGGCUAAACUGACCUUGUGUCUGUCUGCCUGGGGUAUUAAGUUGUUUACAAGCUAGUAGGCUAUCUAGGGCUCCUCAGAGUCAGGUGUCUUAAAGGUACAACGCCGUAAUCCCUUUGUAAUGGUUAGGCUAUGGCGAUACUGUCACACUGUUGUAUCACAGUUGUGGUUGGUUAGACAUAUUUAUUGUUUCUCUGUCUUGGUUGAAUAAGUAAGGAACAGCAAUAUCUCAACUUCUCCUAAGUACACUUGAUUUUACCCCCACAGUCCAAAAGACAGUUGUCGACUUGUUUUGAUUGCGUUUGGAUUAGGUUCUGGCCUACUACCACAUUGCUGCAGUACGUAGAGCUUGAAGUGCCACGACUAAGGUUAAUCAGUCCACUUGAGCGUCUGCACUGACUCUGGCUUGUCCCUAGCUGACCUACAACGUUAGGGGAACGUUUGACAAUGGUUUUCCCCUCUAUCUACAACCUCACAGGAACAUUUGGCAAUGGUUUUCCCUUGUCUCUUUCCGUCUAGGUGCCGUGUCUGUGUAGCAGUGCGACGUGCUUGAUGUGCAGAUGUUGUCCCCAGAGCAAGAACUCCACGGUGACGCGAGUCAUCUACGCCUUCAUCCUGUUGCUAGGGACCAUUAUAGCCUGCAUCAUGCUGUCACCAGGAGUGGACGAGCAGCUAAAAAAGGUAGGAGACGGGUCAAAUCAAUUCAAUCCAUCUGAGUGAGGCAGGAAGUGUGCGCGUGUGUGUGUGUCUUUGUGUGGAGGGGUUAUGGAGACGAUUAAUCAUGCUGUGUCAUAGUAGAUGUUUGUACAUGGUGAAUGAUCAUUUGUUACUUUAAUAAUGCUUGAAUACACGGGGAGGCUAUUGGUGGAAAGAGUCAAGUCACACAUAGUAUAGCACGGUGGGGGCCUACACACAGAGUUGCAACUUCCAAUGCAACCUUACUGUAUGUUAAGGUUGCAUUUACAUUGCAACUCGGCCUAAAUUGAAACAUUGACAUAUAUUAAUUCCAAAUGGGAAUGUUGAAUGACUAUGGUUGGUUACUGAUGAAUUGUGAAAAUUUGACUUUUGUGGUACAGUAAUGAUAGUAGCCAACUUGUUGUUGAUUUACAGUACCAAAGCAAAAAUUUUACGUUAUUGAAUGCAGAAUCGCACAGCCAGACUAUGGUAAUGCUGGUAUGGACAGUAGAUAAGACUGACCUGAAUGCUUUGUGCCUAUGUCCGUCUGUGCCUGUAGAUUCCUGGGUUCUGUGAAGACAGAGCAGGCUCCUCUAUCCCAGGCAUCAAUGGAAACAUCAACUGUACGAUCUUAGUGGGCUACAAAGCCGUGUACCGGGUGUGCUUCGGGAUGAGCAUGUGUUUCCUGGCGUUCGCUCUGAUCAUGAUCAACGUGAAGAACAGCCGAGACCCGCGCGCCGCCAUCCACAACGGGUAACCACCCAUCACACAACGCACCCCUCAAAAAAAGUAAAAGGGCCUACAUGCUACUACAUGUAAUAAAACUUAAAUGCCAACUUUGACUUCAAAGUCUGUAUUUCGGUGAAAUCCCUUUAUUAUUAACCCUUUACACUUGUGGGAAUUGGUCUAUAUGGAAAUGGCUAAAUUGAAAUGUUUCUUACAGAAGAAAUAUGGAAAGCAUAUGCAUAACCAUGGUAGCAACUGAAAGGGAACAGUUUUGAGUUAUGGUAAAAUUAUUAGACCAAAGGUGAGAACACAGCAGUUCACCAAGACUGAAUCCAAACAUUACACUGUUGAUUUUAUGUUAAUUUUACAUUUACUGUACUUUUCACCACAUUUCAAAUCUGAAAAUACUCUGGAUACAUUCAGUAACAUGAUAAGAAUAUUCCUGGAAAAUGUUGGGUACAGUGAGGGAAAAAAGUAUUUGAUCCCCUGCUGAUUUUGCAUUUGCCCACUGACAAAGAAAUGAUCAGUCUAUCAUUUUAAUGGUAGGUUUAUUUGAACAGCGAGAGACAGAAUAACAACAACAAAAUCCAGAAAAACGCAUGUCAAAAAUGUUAUAAAUUGAUUUGCAUUUUAAAUGAGGGAAAUAAGUAUUUCACCCCCUCUCAAUCAGAAAGAUUUCUGGCUCCCAGGUGUCUUUUAUACAGGUAACGAGCUGAGAUUAGGAGCACACUCUUAAAGGGAGUGCUCCUAAUCUCAGCUUGUUACCUGUAUAAAAGACACCUAUCCACAGAAGCAAUCAAUCAAUCAGAUUCCAAACUCUCCACCAUGGCCAAGACCAAAGAGCUCUCGAAGGAUGUCAGGGACAAGAUUGUAGACCUACACAAGGCUGGAUUGGGCUACAAGACCAUCGCCAAGCAGCUUGGUGAGAAGGUGACAACAGUUGGUGCGAUUAUUCGCAAAUGGAAGAAACACAAAAGAACUGUCAAUCUCCCUCGGCCUGGGGCUCCAUGCAAGAUCUCACCUCGUGGAGUUGCAAUGACCAUGAGAACGGUGAGGAAUCAGCCCAGAACUACACGGGAGGAUCUUGUCAAUGAUCUCAAGGAAGCUGGGACCAUAGUCACCAAGAAAACAAUUGGUAACACACUACGCUGUGAAGGACUGAAAUCCUGCAGCGCCCGCAAGGUCCCCCUGCUCAAGAAGCACAUAUACAUGCCUGUCUGAAGUUUGCCAAUGAACAUCUGAAUGAUUCAGAGGAGAACUGGGUGAAAGUGUUGUGGUCAGAUGACAAAAAUUUAGCUCUUUGGCAUCAACUCAACUCGCCGUGUUUGGAGGAGGAGGAAUGCUGCCUAUGACCCCAAGAACACCAUCCCCAUCAUCAAACAUGGAGGUGGAAACAUUAUGCUUUGAGGGUCUUUUUCUGCUAAUGGAACAGGACAACUUCACCGCAUCAAAGGGACGAUGGACAGGGCCAUGUACCGUCAAAUCUUGGGUGAGAACCUCCUUCCCUCAGCCAGGGCAUUGAAAAUGGGUCGUGGAUGGGUAUUCCAGCAUGACAAUGACCCAAAACACACGGCCAAGGCAACAAAGGAGUGGCUCAAGAAGAAGCACAUUAAGGUCCUGGAGUGGCCUAGCCAGUCUCCAGACCUUAAUCCCAAUGAAAAUCUGUGGAGGGAGCUGAAGGUUCGAGUUGCCGAACGUCAGCCUCGAAACCUUAAUGACUUGGAGAAGAUCUGCAAAGAGGAGUGGGCCAAAAUCCCUCCUGAGAUGUGUGCAAACAACAAACUAAGUCAUGUUUUGCAGAGGGGUCAAAUACUUAUUUCUCUCAUUAAAAUGCAAAUCAAUUUAUAACAUUUUUGACAUGUGUUUUUCUGGAUCUUUUUGUUGUUAUUCUGUCUCUCACUGUUCAAAUAAACCUACCAUUAAAAUUAUAGACUGAUCAUGUCUUUGUCAGUGGGCAAACGUACACAAUCAGCAAGGGAUCAAAUACUUUUUUCCCUCACUGUAGGUGCAACAUAAGACAAAAAACAUUACAAGGGUUUGAGUGAGAGGACUAACUGGUGUCUCCAAGUGGCCACACACCUCUCCAAAGUGUGCACAGUUCCUAAGUAAUUUCAAUGCACUUUUAUGACUCGAAGAAUCUUCAACUAUACGUUUUUGUUGUUGCUGUUGCUCUCCUACCUCUGCCGUUGAGGAACUAGAGCAAGCACACUUGUAUUUGUUUUGUUUGGAACACAACCCUGCAUCACCACUCUCACACAAUUAUUGAUGUUGUUUACACAAUCCAAAAACGGUCCAUUAUAAAUCGCAAUCUGGGUCAGGUGGGCAUCAUUUGAAAGCCUGUUCUAUUGCCAACAUGACUAGCUAAGUUAUAAAAUACGAUAUUACAGUGUUGGGCUUUCACAAUGUAAUUCAGGGUAACAGAUCAUCAUUUUGGUGCCCACAGAAAGGAAUCAUGAGUGCAUCAGGUGCUUGUGCCGAGGCAUAUUUUCUUCACAAUAGACAAACAGGCUCAUUCUGUUCAGAACAACCAAGGGUAUGUAUGACGCCAUGUCAUCUUGUAACUGUACAUCAAACAUAGUGAUCGUAAACGUUGACACUAUACAGUAUAUGAGAUGAGUUUUAUGAUAUGGAAAUGUGAAGUGCACGUUUGGAGUCACGGCUGUUUGGCUUGCUUGUAUGACAUCGAAGCGGUAUUUAUUAUAAUCCUCAACGUCUCAUCUUUGAAAAUACAUCGAGUCCUCUUAAUUUACAGCAUUUCCCAGCAUUUACAGACAACAAAAAAUGGAUGGGGGCAACUUCUUGUCGCGUGAGGUGCUCAAGUUCAGAAUGGCUGUCAGUCAAAACCCAUACAGCACUGUGAAGCACAGAGCCAGAGCUCUGACGUCAUGUAUAGCAUGUUACUGUACAGCCACUGUGUUCCAAUUAAGGCGUUUAUCUGCAAUUUUCAACCCGUAUACGGGUACGAUUGUAAAGUGCUACCUCAAAAUAACACUGCUUGUAACUUAACAAUUCUCAUAAUGAGGUACUGAUAAGACACUCUUGUUUGCUGACAACUUUCUUUCAGUCAUAUGAUUAUCACACUGCUACACGCACUGCCGCAACCAAGGGCAAUAUUAGUGAAAUAAUCUCAUACACAACGGGUCACUGAGCUAACGUGCUUCAGGCCACCGUGCUGAGGAGACUGAGGAGAAAACCUGAACUAGAGUUUUCAGUAGCAGCCUAUUCAUGUAUAUUUACUAGUUGACAAAUUACUUUUCUCCCCCCCCAGGUUUUGGUUCUUUAAGAUGGCUGCCAUGGUUGCGGUGACAGUCGGUGCCUUUUACAUUCCUGAAGGGCCUUUUACUCGCAGUAAGAUUGACACAAUUGAAAUCCUUUCUGUCAUAGUUUAUGAUGUGAUUGAUAUUUGUAUAUUAUUAUGAUUUAUCAAUGCAGCCCUUGACCAUGCAUACCAUGCACAAUCAGCAUACAUGAUAUACUUUGAUAUUAAAAUGUAUAGUAAUAUUAACACUAUUAAUUAUUGAUAUACACAAUGAUAAUCAUGUAAUAAGUAACAGUAAUAUUUUUAGGAACCGCUUGUGGAUAAGUGUAAUAUGAUGAUGGUCUCUUUCUCUGUGUGUGUGUGUGUGUGUGUGUGUGUGUGUGUGUGUGUGUGUGUGUGUGUGUGUGUGUGUGUGUGUGUGUGUGUGUGUGUGUGUGUGUGUGUGUGUGUGUGUGUGUGUGUGUGUGUGUGCAGUGUGGUUCGUGGUGGGUACCUGUGGGGCGUUCUGCUUCAUCUUGAUCCAGUUGGUUCUGCUGGUGGACUUUGCCCACUCCUGGAAUGAAUCCUGGGUGGACAACAUGGAGAGAGGGAACUCCAGGGGCUGGUACGCAGGUGAGUCUUUCUGGCACGUUGCUGGAAAUCAAAUCCAAUCAAACUUUAUUUAAAAUCCGCUUACAGGGGCUCCCGAGUGGCACAGCGGUCUAAGGCACUGCAUCGCAGUGCUAGAGGCGUCACUACAGACCCUGGUUCGUUCCCGGGCUGUAUCACAACCAGCUGUGAACGGGAGUCCCAUAGGGCGGCGCACAAUUGGCCCAGCGUCGUCCAGGAAAGGGGAGGGUUUGGCCGGGGGGGGGGGGGGGGGGGGGGGGGCUUACUUGGCUCAUCGCGCUCUAGCGACUCCUUGUGGCGGGCCGGGCGCCUGCAGGCUGAACUGGGUCGUCAGGUGAACAGUGUUUCUUCCGACACAUUGGUGCGGCUGGCUUCCGGGUUAAGCGGGUGGGUGUUAAGAAGCGUGGUUUGGCGGGUCAUGUUUCGCCUCCCGAGCCUGUUGGGCAGUUGCAGCGAUGAGACAAGAUCGAAAUUGGGGUGAAAAAAGGGGGUAAAUAAAAAAGUAUAAUACAAAAAAUCAUCCACUUACAAUCGCAACACACUUAGUUAGCAAUAAAACAAUAAAAUGAAAGAGGGGGUGAAAAGAACAUAAACACACACUCAAACAGUCUUUAUGAUUGGCCAAAUUAUUGAUGUUUUGCUGAUUAGAAAUGCUGAUGGGAGGUUUAAUUUGACGUUUUAGCAAAUAUUCACCCGUUUUUUUUGUAUGUGAUAUCAAUUCAACACAAUUGGUAACUACCUGGUACCAAAUAGCACAUAACAGUAAUUAUUUGAAUGAAUCCAAAAUAGUAAUUACUGUAUCAAAUCAAUCAAUCACAUUUUAUUUAUAAAGCCCUUUUUACAUCAGCAGAUGUCACAAAGUGCUAUACAGAAACCCAGCCUUAAACCCCAAACAGCAAGCAAUGCAGAUGUAGAAGCACGGUGGCUAGGAAAAACUCCCUAGAAAGGCAGAAACCUAGAGAGGAACCAGACUCUGAGGGGUGGCUGUGCCGGGUGGAGAUUAUAACAGUACAUGGCCAUUAAGGGCAGAUUUUUCUCCAAGAUGUUCAAACGUUCAUAGAUGACCAGCAGGGUCAAAUAAUAAUCACAGUGGUUGUAGAGGUUGCAACAGGUCAGUACAUCAGGAGUAAAUGUCACUUGGCUUUUCGUAGCCGGGCAUUUAGAGGUUGAAAUAGCAGGUGCGGUAGACAGAGAGAGAGAGUUGAAAACAGCAGGUCUGGGACAAGGUAGCACGUCCGGUGAACAGGUCAGGGUUCCAUAGCCGCAGGCAGAAGAGUGGAAACUGGAGCAGCAGCACGACCAGGUGGACUGGGGACAGCAAGGAGUCAUCAGGCCAGGUAGUCCUGUGUCACGAAUUCAGCCGAGGCUGCCCCUCCUCCUUGCUCGGGCAGGUUUCGGCGUUCGUCGUCACCGGCUUGCAAGCCACUACUGCUAUAUUUAUCAUCACUCCAUUUGUCUUGUCUUAUCUUGUCAAUCACACACACCUGGUACUCAUUCCCUCAUUAGUCUGUGUAUAAGUGUUCCCUCUGCCCCCUUGUCCUUUGUGAGUGAUUGUUCAUUGUGAGAGUGAGUAGCUCGGUUGAGCUACUCUUUCCUUGUAUGUAGCCAAGGUGGAUGUUUCCCUUGUGCUAGUUUUGUUUUGACGCUUGCUGCGCUUUAUUCAUGUACACUGAAUAAACUCUGGAUUUCGGUGUUUUACCUCCUGCGCCUGACUCCGUCAUUCACACCUCAUCACAUCCUGAGGCAUGGUCCUAGGGCUCAGGUCCUCCGGGAUGGGAGGGAGAGAUACCAGCUAAAUAAAUGGUUAACCGUAACAUACAGUAAGUUCAGGUGUCAAUAGUGCUCACACUCUGUAUAGUGCUCUUAGACAGAAUCCGUUCUGCUUCAUAAUAACAAUGCAACUUGAUUCUGAUUCAGUGUAUCCUCUUGUGUCUAGCCUUGCUCGCUGUAACUGGACUCAACUACGUCAUGGCCUUCAUCGCCGUCAUCCUGAUGUACCUGUUCUACACGCAGUCAGAGGGCUGUGUACUAAACAAGUUCUUCAUCAGCUUCAACUUGCUCCUCUGUGCCGUAGCCUCUGUUGUGUCUGUCCUGCCCAGAGUACAGGUGAGCCCUCGUUCAACGCUCAUUCAAUGCUGGUUCAACGUUCAUAUUCAUCAUUUCAUUUGAUGAAAUUGCUCCAAAGUUACUGUAUAGAACAGAUAGGACUAUUAGAGAGUGUAAAAUAGGGACCUUGUAGCAGUCGCAAGGACAAAAUAAUUAGCAGGAGGUAGAGUUGGAAAUUAGUGUUGGAUUUAUUUUUGACAGCGCUGGUGAUGAUGGUGAUCAAUUCACAAGUUGAUAUAUUUACAAACGUCUGACUUCAAAAUGUCAGAAUUCAAUCAGGCAUAACCUGUCCUAAGCAUAAAGACACAGGUAGGGUCUACUAGACUCAGUUGCAGCCUCCCCAAACGAAUCGUCAAACAGAACUGACCAGAACAUACCCAAACGGGCACUUACAGUGCCUUCAGAAAGUAUUCACACCCCUUGACUUUUUCCACAUUUUGUUGUGUUACAGCGUGAAUUUAAAAUGUAUUAAAUUGAGAUUUUGUGUCACUGGCCUACACACAAUACCCCAUAAUGUCAAAGUGGAAUUAUGUUUUUCUAAAUUUUUACAAAUUAAUUAAAAAUGAAAAGCUGAAAUGUCUUGAGUCAAUAAGUAUUCAACCCUUUGUUAUGGCAAGCCUAAAUAAGUUCAAGAGUAAAAAUGUGCUUAACAAGUCGCAUAAUAAGUUGCAUGGACUCUUUGUUCAAAAAUAGUGUUUAGCAUGAUUUUUGAAUGACUACCUCAUCCCUGUACUCCACACAAAUAAUUAUCUGUAAGGUCCCUCAGUCGAGCAGUGAAUUUCAAACACAGAUUCAACCACAGGGAGGUUUUCCAAUGCCUCGCAAAGAAGGGCACCUACUGGAAGAAAAAAAGCUAACGUUGAAUGGGAUAUCCCUUUGAACAUGGGGAAGAUAUUAAUUACACUUUGGACGGUAUAUCAAUACACCCAGUCACUACAAAGACACAGGCGUACCUUCCUAACUCAGUUGCCGGAGAGGAAGGAAACCGCUGAGGGAAUUCACUAUGAGGCCAAUGGUGACUUUAAAACAGUUACAGAGUUUAAUGGCUAUGAUAGGAGAAUACUGAGGAUGGAUCAACAACAUAUAAAUAAACAACAUUGUAGUUACUCCACAAUACCAACCUAAAAGAAGGAAGCCUGUACAGAAUACAAAUAUUCCAAAACGUGCAUCCUGUUUGCAACAAGGUGCUAAAGUAAUACUUUAAAAAAUGUAGCAAAAGCAAUUAACUUUUUUGUCCUGAAUACAAAGUGUUACAGUAUGUUUGAGGCAAAUCCAAUACAACACAUUACUGAGUACCACUCUCUAUAUUUUCAAGCAUAGUGGUGGCUGCAUCAUGUUAUGGGUAUGCUUGCAGUCGUUAAGGACUGGGGAGUUUUUCAGGAUAGAAAUAAACGGAAUGGAGCUAAGCACAGGCAAAAUCCUAGAGGAAAACCUUUCCACCAGACACUGGGAGAUUAAUUCACCUUUCAGCAGUAAAAUAACCUAAAACACAAGGCCAAAUCUACACUGGAGUUGCUUACCAAGAAGACAGUGAAUGUUCCUUUGUGGCCAAGUUACAGUUUUGACUUACACUACCAGUCAAAAGUUUGGACACACCUACUCAUUCAAGGGUUUUUCUUUAUUUUUACUAUUUUUUACAUUGUAGAAUAAUAGUGAAGACAUCAAAACUAUUAAAUAACACAUAUGAAAUCAUGUAGUAACCAAAAAAGUGUUAAACAAAUCAAAAUAUAUCUUAUUUAUGAGAUUCUUCAAAUAGCCACCCUUUGCCUUGAUGACAUCUUUGCACACUCUUGGCAUUCUCUCAACCAGCUUCAUGAGGUAGUCACCUGGAAUGCAUUUCAAUUAACAGGAGUGCCUUCUUAAAAGUUAAUUUGUGGAAUUUCUUAAUGCGUUUGAGCCAAUCAGUUGUGUGACAAGGUAGUGGGGUAUACAGAAGAUAGGCCUAUUUGGUAAAAGACCAAGUCCAUAUUAUGGCAAGAACAGCUCAAAUAAGCAAAGAGAAACAACAGUCCAUCAUUACUUUAAGACAUGAAUGUCAGUCAAUAUGGAACAUUUCAAGAACUUUGAAGGUUUCUUCAAGUGCAGUCGCAAAAACCAUCAAGCGCUAUGAUGAAACUGGCUCUCAGGAAUGGAAGGCCCAGAGUUAUGUCUGCUGCAGAGGAUAAGUUCAUUAGAGUUAACAGCCUCAGAAAUUGCAGCCCAAAUAAAUGCUUCACAGUGUUCAAGUCACAGACACAUCUCAACAUCAACUGUUCAGAGGGGACUGUGUGAAUCAGUCCUUCAUGGUCGAAUUGCUGCAAAUAAACCACUACUAAAGGACACCAAUAAGAAGAAGAGACUUGCUUGGGCCAAGAAACACGAGCAAUGGACAUUAGACCGGUGGAAAUGUGUCCUUUGGUCUGGAGUCCAAAUUGGAGAUUUUUGGUUCCAACCGCCGUGGCUUUGUGAGACGCGUGUGGGUGAACAGAUGAUCUCUGCAUGUGUAUUUCCCACCGUAAAGCAUGGAGGAGGAGGUGUUAUGGUGUGGGGGUGCUUUGCUGGUGACACUGUCUGUGAUUUAUUUAGAAUUCAAGGCACACUUAACCAGCAUGGCUACCACAUCAUUCUGCAGCGAUACGCCAUCCCAUCUGGUUUGGGCUUAGUGGGACUAUCAUUUGUUUUUCAACAGGACAAUGACCCAACACACCUCCAGGCUGUGUAAGGGCUAUUUUACCAAGAAGGAAAGUGAUGGAGUGCUGCAUCAGAUGACCUGGCCUCCACAAUCCCCCGACCUCAACCCAAUUGAGAUGGUUUGGGAUGAGUCGGACCGCAGAGUGAAGGAAAAGCAGCCAACAAGUGCUCAGCAUAUGUUGGAACUCCUUCAAGACUGUUGGAAAAGCCUUCCAGGUGAAACUGGUUGAGAGAAUGCCAAGAGUGUGCAAAGCUGUCAUCAAGGCAAAGGGUGGCUAUUUGACGAAUCUCAAAUAUGAAAUACAUUUUGAUUUGUUUAACACUUAUUUGGUUACUGCAUGAUUCCAUAUGUGUUAUUUAAUAGUUUUGAUGUCUUCACUAUUACUCUACAAUAUAGAAAAUAGUAAAAAUAAAGAAAAACCCUGGAAUGAGUAGGUGUGUCCAAACUUUUGACUGGUACUGUAUGUCACGAUCGUCUAAUGGAGAGGACCAAGGCGCAGCGUUGCGGGUGAACAUAUUAUAUUUAUUCAACUGAUCACACGAUCAAAACAAAGAACGAAACGUGAAGUCCUUCGAUACACAACCAAAAGGAACAAGAAACCACAAAACACAAAGUGCAAGACAAACAGUUAAAUAUGGCUCCCAAUCAGAGACACCCAGCUGACACUCGUUGCCUCUGAUUGGGAGUCACUCAGCCCAACAUAGAAAAUUAAACAUAGACUUACACACCCUGGCUCAACAUAACAUAGUCCCCAGAGCCAGGGCGUGACAGUACCCCCCCCCAAAGGCGCGGACUCCGGCCGCGCCAAACAACCACAACAGGGGAGGGACCGGGUGGGCACUCCGCCUCGGCGGCGGAUCCGGCUCCGGACAUGACCCAGGCACGGGUUGUGCUGGACUGACGACGCACACCCCUGGCUUGAUGCGUGGAGGAGGAACGGGCCGGACCGGGCUGACGAAGCGCACCCCUGACUUGGUGCGGGGAGCAGGAAUGAGCCGGACCGGGCUGACGACGCGCACCACUGACCCGGUGCGGGGAGCUUGGACGGGCCGGACCGGGCUGGCGACGCGCACCACAGACUUGGUGCGGAGAGCAGGAACGGGCCGGACAGGGCUGACGACGCACACCACUGGCUUGGUGCGGGAAGCUUGGAUGGGCCGGACUGGGCUGGCGACGCGCACCACAGACUUGGUGCGGAGAGCAGGAACGGGCCGGGCUGGGCUGUCGACGCACACCGUAGGCUUUGUGCGUGGAGCAGGGACAGGCCGGGCUGGGCUGUCGACGCACACCACUGACUUGGUGGGAAUGGCAGGAACAGGCCGGGCUGGGCUGACGACGCGCACCACUGACUUGGUGGGAAUGGCAGGAACAGGCCGGGCCGGGCUGACGACGCGCAACACUGACUUGGUGGGAAUGGCAGGAACAGGCCGGGCUGGGCUGACGACGCGCACCACUGACUUGGUGGGAAUGGCAGGAACAGGCCGGACCGUACUGGGGACACACACCACUGGCCCCACGCAGGGAUCAGGAACGGGCCGGACCGGACUGGUAACACACCCCAGUACCUCUCGCCGUGCCUCCACACUUUCCCUCUCCUCUGUGCCCAGUGGCCCCCCUAACCUGGCGGCCUUCUCUGCCAACGCUUUGCACCGCUCUAACCCGUACACCUGCUGGCCCGACGUCGUGAGCCCCCCCCUAAAAAUUUCCUGGGGGUCUCUCCUCCCUCUUGCCAGACUCGCAAUCAUCUCCUCCCACGUCCAUCCUCUCUCCUCGUCCCGCUGCUUGAUCCAGUCGAGGUUGCCACGGAGAUCUGCCAGCGAUGGCUCCUGAACACGCUGCUUGGUCUGGUUAAGGUGGUUUCUUCUGUCAAGAUCGUCUAAUGGAGAGGACCAAGGCGCAGCGUUGCGGGUGAACAUAUUAUAUUUAUUCAACUGAUCACACGAUCAAAACAAAGAACGAAACGUGAAGUCCUUCGAUACACAACCAAAAGGAACAAGAAACCACAAAACACAAAGUGCAAGACAAACAGUUAAAUAUGGCUCCCAAUCAGAGACACCCAGCUGACACUCAUUGCCUCUGAUUGGGAGUCACUCAGCCCAACAUAGAAAAUUAAACAUAGACUUACACACCCUGGCUCAACAUAACAUAGUCCCCAGAGCCAGGGCGUGACACUGUAAAUCUGUUUGAAAAUCUAUGGCAAUACUUGAAAAUGGUUGUCUAGCACUGAUCAACAACCAAUUUGACAGAGCUUGAAGAAUUUUGAAAAGAAUAAUGGGCAAAUAUUGUUCAAUCCAGGUGUGCAUAGCUCUUAGAGACUUACCCAGAAAGACUCACAUCUGUAAUCACUCCCAAAGGUGAUUCUAACAUGUAUUGACUCAGGGUUGUGAAUACUUAUGUAAAUUAUAUAUUUCUGUAUUUCUAUUUCAAUAACUUUGCAAAAACAUGUUUUCACUUUGUCAUUAUGGGGUGUUGUGUGUAGAUGGGUAAGAAAAAUAAUAAAUGUUAUCCAUUUUGAAUUCAGGCUGUAACACAACAAAAUGUGGAAUAAGUCAAGGGGUAUGAAUACUUUCUAAAGGCACUGUAAAUACCAUAAGCCACACCUAUCCUUGCACGCAGGCCAGUUACAUCUAUGCACGCUUAAGCGCAUGCGCUCACACACCAUUAGACAAAACAGAGAAACCAGAUGUGCUCCAAACAAAGAUAAUUAAGAAAUUGACUAUUAAAUAAACCUACGCUUCUUUAUCACAAGUGUUUCGCGCAGUUGUUGAGCUCUCCACUACGAGAAUGAGAAUGGUAAAUGAAUGUAAUAUUAUAUUCAAUGAGUUAACAGAAGUCACCGUAACCAAACAUCCUAGAUUACUGGGGAAAUGCGGGGAUAAACGGUAACUUCAAUACUGAGUAUAUAUUUAAUCGGGAAUUGAUAAACAAAAGGCAAACCAUUGACACAAAGAAUGCACACUAAUUUAAUGUGUGCUUAUAUUUGUACAAGGGUGUAUUAGAAAUGUGUUUUUUGCAUAUCCCAACUCUCCCUGAGACACCGUCAGAGAGUGGAGUCACAACCAGGAUCUGCUAUUAUCAACAGCAACCCUGGAGCAAUUAGGCUUAAGUGCCUUGCUCAAAGGAAUAUCAACAGAUUUUUCACCUUGUCGGCUCAGGGAUUAGAUCUAGCAACCUUUUGGUUACUGGCCCAACGCUCCAACCACUAUGCUACCUGUCACCCAUUUGCAAGAGUCAGUGCGCAUUAGUGGAGAGACAUGCCUAAACUAAGUUUCAACUCACAUUCAGUUGAUUCUGAGUUGUGACCAACUUUGUGAUGCAAGGCGCAGCUGCAGCCUAAUUUUAAGUUAUCAAAAAUGGCUGUGAAUAUCACAGUGGGCCUAGUCAGCUUAAAGUACAUCUUAAAAUGUAAUGUGGUCAAGAACAAAACUGGGCCCUAAUUAGAACACACGUCUGCCAGUGGCAGCUGAUGAUUUAAACACUAUUAUUUUUAAAUAUUUAUUACAAGGAUAUGUAUUGUUGUUUUUUAAAAAUGUACGGAGGUCCAUCCUCCCUUUCCCACCUGGAGAAACCCCCACUGAUGCCUACUCAGACGGCAUUUCCAUUAUGUUUGGUUUCCCUUUGUAAAUCACAGUUACUUUGUUUAAUGUUUUUUUUAGGAAUCCCAGCCCCGAUCUGGUCUACUCCAGUCCUCCAUCAUGACCAUGUACACCAUGUAUCUGACCUGGUCUGCCAUGACCAACGAGCCUGGUGAGAGCCACUGUUAUACAAGCUGCUGCCCAACAGCACUGCCUCCCUGACUUGGUCAUCUAUGUUCAUUAUUCAUUAAUACCUAAUGAAUUCACAGUUCAUUGUUCAUAUAUCUAACCGUUUAAAUGCAAUCAUAUGAAUAAUUAUUGGGAACAAUCAAAUAGCUUCUCAGUCAGACUAACAUCCUUUGAAACAUUUGCCCAUAAAUUGCAAACACAUCGCCAUUCUCCACGCUAAUUGCAAAUGUAUUUGUUCAGCUCGAGUUACACUCAAAAGUCACCACCCCCUCCUAAAAAAGGAAUGAUAUGAUGAUAAUUAUUAAUAUUCAAAUAUAAAUGAAAGAAAUAAGAAUAAACAAUAUCUCUCAAAUCUAAAAACUAAAAUCCCUGUGGGGAAACCACCCCCGGACCCCCCUUAGACCGGACAUGCAACCCCAGCCUGCUGAGCAUCUUCCAGCAGACAUUGGUGCCCACGUUGGCCCCUCUGGAGAUUGAGAACCAGACGGCCGUGGUGAUCGUCGGCACCGAGGAGCCCAUCCUGUCCUCUCCCUAUCUGCAGUGGUGGGACGCCCAGAGCAUCGUGGGAUUGUCCAUCUUCGUCCUCUGCAUCCUCUACUCCAGGUAUGAUUGGUCAGCAAGGCAGACCUUGGUACUGCUAUAGCACAUAGUGGUUUGGGAAAUAGAAGUAAUGUCAAUUUGUUGUUGCUACACAGUAUCAGUGGAUUUGGUGACUGGUGACGCCCCCGUUCUUGGAAUAUGAAUAUCAGUUUGCCGUUUGAGCAUUCUGAAAAGCGCUAUAUCAAUGCAACCCAUGAUUGUGACUUGUUAAUCUAAUACCUGUGGUUAUACUUCAUUAUAACUUUAUUGAAUAAUUAUACAUGCUUAUAAAUAUAUACAAAUGCUUAUAAAUGCUUUAGAAGUUAUUAUAAAUGUUAUAAUUACUUAUGAAUUGUAAUUCUUAAAAUGCUUAUAAAUGCUCACUUCCUUGUAGCAUCCGCUCGUCCAACACCAGCCAGGUGAACAAGUUGACCAUGACCUCCAAUGACACGGUGAUCCUGGAGGAGAGUAACGCGGGCACACCGGACGAGGAGGUGGGAGGGACGGGGACGGGGACGGGGAGGAAGGGACCCAGGCGUUUGGAGGACAACGAGAGGGACACGGUCCAGUACAGCUAUUCCUUCUUCCACUUCAUGCUCUUCCUGGCUUCGCUCUACAUCAUGAUGACUCUCACCAACUGGUAUAGGUCAGUAAGGCCAAACUACACAGAUUAACUACACAAACUACGUCAUGAAGUGCUACGUUACUAGCUGUCAAGCCCUUGCUUCCUUCGUCCUUGUUUCCUUAAUUCCCCUUGAGGAUUUGUUCUUGACAGACCUUGGAGAGGAUCCAAGGUCCCUCCCUCACGCAUCCUUCUCCAAUGAGCUUUGAAAGUAAUUGAGGAAAUAAGGUCAGAGGAAGCAAGGAUUUGACAGUUAGUAACAUUUUCAGACACAGCCAUGGUGUCAAUUUUGGUCAUGCAUAUUUUGAUUGAGGUGAAGUUGACUUCCUCUUCUGUACUCCCAUUGUUGAUAUUAUGUAUGUCAAAAAUGGAGAGGAACCACAACGUUCUGUCACUAAAGAGGAAAUACCAUUAAUUGCACAACAACAAAUGUAAUAUAAAAAAAUAUAUAUAUAUAUCUUUUUCUGUGGGGCAACGAACACCAGAUUAGUGACCAAACUACACAGAUGUCCCUUUAGACCGGACAUGUAUAGGUCAGUAUGGCCAAACUACACAGAUGACCAACGUCAUGGAGUGGAAUGUCUGAAAACGUUACUAGCUGUCAAGCCCUUGCUUCCUUCGUCCUUGAUUCCCCUUGAGGAUUUAUUCUUGACAGACCUUGGAGAGGAUCCAAGGUUCCUGCCUCGGUCAUACUCCUCCAAUGAGCUUUGAAAGUAAUUGAGGAAGCAAGGAUUUGACAGUUAGUAACAUUUUCAGACACAGCCAUGGUGUCAAGUUUGGUCAUGCACAUUUUGAUUGAGGUGAAGUUGACAUCUUCUUUUGUACUCCCAUUGUUGAUAUUAUGUAUUUCAAGGGGAACCACAACGUUCUGUCACUAAAGAGGAAAUAACAUAUCAAAUGUGUCUUUUAUAGUUCAACAUUUAUAUUUCAACUCUCUCACGCAACACGAGGCAGCUCUAGCUCUCUAACAUGGAAGCGACCGCAAAGCAACACAGCAAUGCUGCAACGCAAUACUUCUACCAUGGAUAUUUCUCUUACAGAUUCACACCAUAACAAUUGUUCAGAUAUUAAUAUAGAAAUCUAAUUUUUUUCCUAUAUAGUCCUGAUGCAGAAUACAAUGCCAUGACCAGCAAGUGGCCGGCGGUUUGGGUGAAGAUCAGCUCCAGUUGGGUGUGUCUCACCCUCUAUGUCUGGACCCUGGUCGCCCCCAUGAUACUCAUCAACCGGGACUUUAGCUGA